AUGAAGCUAGGGGCGAGCCAGGACACGUACGCCGCCGGGGGCGACUCCGGCCGCGGCAGCUCCGGCAUGACCAUCUCGUCCGUGAUGGCGGACAUCAAGGAGAAGUUCAAGAACGACGAGGAGGACCAGGUGUCGCCGUUCCAGGGCCUGGACAAGGCCACGGUGCUGCAGGAGACCAAGAUCUUCUCGGACGCCAACACCGUGACGCGCCACCCCAAGAAGUGCUGCCAGCUGAUCACCAAGCUGCUGCACAUCCUCACGCAGGGAGAGCCCUUCACCAGCGCCGAGACCACGGCCGUCUUCUUUGGUGUCACGAAGCUCUUCCAGUCCAAGGAUGCCAACCUGCGACGUAUGAUGUACCUGUUCAUCAAGGAGGUGGCUGAGGCCACUGCUGCCGACGAGGUUAUCAUUGUGACCCAGAGUCUGACCAAGGAUAUGAGCUCCGACGUGGAUCUCUACCGUGCCAAUGCCAUUCGUGUGCUGUGCCGUAUCAUUGACGGUUCCAUGCUGAACGCCAUUGAGCGCUACAUCAAGCAGGCAAUUGUGGAUCGCAACGCUCUGGUGGCUAGUUCGGCACUGGUUUCGGGUAUUCACCUGAUCAAGAACAACCCGGAGAUCGUGCGUCGCUGGGUCAAUGAGGUGCAGGAGGCCGUGAACUCCACGAACGACAUGGUGCAGUACCACGGGGUUUCGCUCCUUUAUCAGAUUCGGCAGCACGACAAGCUCGCGGUUUCCAAGUUCAUUACUCAGCUUCAGAAGACGAACCUGCGCUCGAGCCUGGCGACGUGUCUGUUGAUCCGUUACACGGCGGCUCUCCUGCGCGAGAACGCCAACGGCCAGGAUGCCGCGCCGCUUUAUGCGUUCCUGCAGAAGAUGCUGCGUCAAAAGAACGAGAUGGUUAUCUACGAGGCCGCGAAGGCUUUGUGUGCGCUGCCCGUGGACGCGCGCGACCUGACGCAGGCCAUCGUCGUGCUGCAAUUGUUCCUGGGCUCCUCGAAGCCCACCCUUCGUUUCGCUGCUGUGCGGACGCUCAGUCAGGUGGCGUUGACCCAGCCCAUGCUGGUGACGCGCUGCAAUGAAGAUAUGGAGGCGCUUAUCUCGGACUCAAACAGAUCCAUUGCUACUCUUGCUAUCACCACUUUGUUGAAGACAGGUGCCGAGUCCAGCGUGGAUCGUCUGAUGAAGCAAAUUUCUACGUUCAUGGGCGACAUUGCUGACGAGUUCAAGAUCGUUGUGGUGGAGGCUAUCAAGAACCUGUGCUUGAAGUACCCUCAGAAGCACCGUGUGCUGCUCAAUUUCUUGGCCAACUUCCUGCGUGAGGAGGGUGGCUAUGAGUUCAAGAAGACGAUUACGGACGCUAUAUUGUUCCUGAUCGACCGUAUUCAGGAGUGCAAGGAGACUGCGCUGCUCCACCUGUGCGAGUUCAUCGAGGACUGCGAGUUCACGCAGCUGUCGACCAAGAUCCUGCGUGUCUUGGGCCAGAAGGGCCCCACCACAUCGGCACCGGCGCGGUACAUUCGUUUCAUUCGCAACCGUGUUAUCCUGGAGAACGCACCUGUGCGUGCGUCGGCCGUUUCAGCUCUCGCCCAGUUUGCGAUUCGCGUUGCGUCGCUCCGGACUAGUGUCUCGUCCCUGCUGCAGUGCUGCAAGCUUGACGACGACGAUGAAGUCCGUGACCGCGCCACCAUGUACCUCGCCAUCCUGGAGGGUGACGAGGUGACCAGCCGCACCCUUCUCGUGGAGGACUUCCCUAUGAGCGUUGUGGCUUUGCAGAAAUCCAUUGACCAGUAUGAGCUGCGCCCCAUGGAUGGCCCGCUUACGUUUGAUGGGUUGCCGCACGUUGAAGUUGUUGAAGACGUGGCUGAGGCCAACACGAACGAUGCCGAGGCUGACAAUGAGACCGUCCAGGCCGACGUCGCACCGGAGCCCCAGGAUGUCGCGAAGGAGCUGUACACGAUCCCCGAGUUCGCCGAGCUUGGUGCUCUUUUCCGUUCGUCCAAGCGCUUGGAGCUUACGGAGGCCGAGACAGAGUAUGUUGUCAGUUGCACGAAGCACGUGUUUGCUCAGCACAUCGUGCUCCAGUUCAAGGUGCUCAACACGGUCAGCGACCAGCUUCUCACAAACGUGAACGUUGGCUUUGUGAUGGAGCCCGAGGACGUGUGGCAGGUGCACUCGGUUGUCCCACUGGACAAGCUGGCUUACGGCAAGACGGGCUCGUGCUAUGUCUGCCUGCAGUACACUGGCGAUGGAGUUUACCCCAUUGUUCAGCUUGCUAACGUCGAGUUGAAGUUUAAGGUACACGAGGUGAACCCGUCAUCUGGCGAGGUUGAGGAUGAUGGCUUCGACGAGGAGUACCCGAUGGAAGACAUUGAAAUUGGCGCUGCGGACCUGAUGGCUAAGGUUUCCGUGAAUGACUUCCGCUCGGCCUGGGAGCACAUUGGCGACGGCGCUGAGGUUAAGGGCAGUUAUGGUCUCAAGUAUAAGAGCCUUGUGGAGGGUGUCGCGGCUGUCAUCGACAACCUCGGCAUGCAGCCUUGCGAGAACACAGCCGUGCCGCAGCCCAAGGCCAAGGCCCACAUUCUGCUACUGUCGGGCGUGUUUGUUGGUGGCGUGAAGGCGCUAGUGAAGUCGAGAAUAUCGCUGGAUGAACAGAGCGGCAGCAUGAUUCUGCAGAUGGCCGUGCGUUCGGAGGCCGAGGAAAUCAGUCAAACCAUCAUGGACUGCAUUAGAUAAAGAGCCUGUGCGUUACAUCGUCGGAUGUGCCCGGCGCGAGAGUGAAAUACGACGUGGUACUGCUUGUGGAGAGAAACACGAGCGCACGUUGCGGUGAGGGAGGGAGCAAGUGAGGCAGAAGACAGGAUGAGAAACAACACGAUUAGCGAGGCUAGAUGCUUGCAAUCACUACUUUCUCUCAAAAC